CGUAGCUACGUCAUCGAAGCCGUGUUUAUGUUACAGCUCGCUUAUUGACUCUUAUGUUAUGUGUGUAAAGAGAACUGCGCCACACCUUCCAAUCCGAAUCUCACGGCAAUGUGGAGAUCAUUUUCACGUGUUUCCUUUCCACGAAGCUCGGAACCCUAGAGACUGUGCAUUCAAAUCUAUUCCCCGCACUCACACCUGCCUGUUUGUAACGCGUGCGUACGUUCUGCAUUCGUUCAUACAGAAAAAUCUAACUCGAAGCAGUUCAGUUUAGCCGAACAACAUGACAAUUGCGAGAAUAGCAAAUAAAGCUUACCAGCGAUUCAGCGGCGUCGCGCGCAGUUAUGCUUCUGAGAGGAACAAGCUUUUCGAGCUACAAAAUCAUUCACUCGUCAAUGGAAAUGCUGCUGUUUUGCGUAAGAACUCUGUAUUAGGAAACAACCUGUCAUCCAUUUCGAGCUUCCGAGCAUUGGCAGGCAUGAAUUUUGGGCGUAGGGAAUUCAGGACGACUCCUAAACAUCAAUUUGCUAACGCACAAGCAACUAAGGUGGAAUCCAAAUCAGAUUGUGAAGGCGAGAUUUAUGCUACUCUCGAAGCAACAAAGCCUGGGGAAAAGCCUCGGAUAGUUGUUCUCGGCACCGGAUGGGCGGCGUGCAGAUUCCUCAAAGGGAUCGACACCAAAUUGUACGAUGUCGUCUGCAUCUCGCCGAGAAACCAUAUGGUCUUCACGCCUUUGCUUGCCUCGACCUGUGUUGGGACUUUGGAAUUCCGAUCAGUGGCUGAGCCUGUCAAUCAGAUACAGACAGCCUUGGCUAAGGAUCCUAAUUCCUAUUAUUUUCUUGCUUCCUGCACUGGUAUUGAUACAGAUAAGCAUGAAGUGUUCUGUGAAACUGCUGGUGAGGCUUCUCAAAAGCCUUACCGUUUCAGAGUUGCGUACGACAAAUUGGUGAUUGCUUCUGGAGCUGAGCCGCUGACGUUUAACAUCAAGGGCGUAAAGGAACACGCUUCGUUUCUUCGCGAGGUAUCUCAUGCACAAGAAAUCAGGAAGAAGCUUCUGCUUAAUCUGAUGCUCUCUGAAAAUCCAGGCAUGUGUGAGGAAGAAAAGGAGCGCCUGCUGCACUGCGUCGUCAUCGGCGGCGGACCAACUGGCGUCGAAUUUAGCGGCGAAUUAAGCGAUUUCAUUAUGAGAGAUGUUUGGGAGCGCUACGCUCAUGUCAAAAACUACAUCCGUGUCACCCUCAUUGAGGCAAACGAGAUUCUAUCCUCAUUUGACGUUGGAUUGAGACAAUAUGCCACUAAGCACUUGACAAAGUCGGGAGUUCGCCUUGUUCGCGGUGUCGUUAAAGAGGUCCUUCCGGACAAGAUAAUUCUCAGCGACGGAAGUGAAGUCGCCUACGGACUCCUCGUCUGGUCUACCGGCGUCGGGCCUUCUGAAUUUGUGAAAUCACUCAACCUCCCAAAAUCUCCCGGCGGAAGGAUUGGUAUCGAUGAAUGGCUGCGAGUUCCUUCAGUGCAAGACGUGUACGCGCUCGGCGACUGCGCUGGAUUUCUCGAAAGCGUCGGAAAACCUGUCCUUCCGGCUCUGGCACAGGUCGCCGAACGAGAAGGCAAGUUCCUCCUUGAAAUGUUUAACAGGAUGGCGAGGGAGGGAGGCGGCAAAGCUCUCUCAGGACAAGAUAUUCCUUUAGGUGAUCCAUUUGUGUACAAGCACUUUGGAAGCAUGGCGUCGGUCGGAAGGUACAAAGCCUUGGUCGAUCUGCGAGAGUCCAAGGAGGACUCGAGUGGCAUAUCCAUGGCCGGGUUCAUCAGCUGGUUCGUAUGGCGGUCGGCAUACCUGACCCGAGUCAUCAGCUGGAGGAACAGAUUCUACGUGGCUGUUAACUGGGCGACAACCCUCGUGUUCGGGAGGGACAAUACUAGAAUCUCCUGAAGCCACGUCACCACCACUGAUUCCACACCUAUUAAUUUAUUACAUACAUUCCACUCCUAAGAAGCCAUUUAACAAGUAUGUAUCCCUUCCCCUUAACUUAGCUCUCUCUCUCUAGAUUUGCAUUUGGAGCAAUUGCUUUGCCCAUCCAUAAUACAAACAGCCAUGUUGUUGCUGACAAACAAUUUUGUUCACAAUGAGUAGGCAUGAAUAAUAAAGCCAUGAAUGCUUUACGAAGUUUUGACAACGGCAGACUGGAUAAUGCAUAUACUUAAAAAGAACUGUACAGAAAUUUACAAAUUUCUAUACCACAUAAUAGAUAUAUAUAUAUAUAUAUAGGUACCUUACCCAUGGUGUUUCAAUUCUAAUCAUAAACCUCUGCCAACAAUUAAUCAAGGCUGAGACUUUUGUUUUUUUGGGUUUUAAGUUUUCUGUGGCGGGCUGUAGAACAAGCCACUAGAUUUCGACGUUCUACCUAAUACUUGAGAGAUCAGUUCUUGGUCUUCCGGUAAUACUAGGAAUGUGAGAGAGAGAUCCCAAGAGCAGAACGGGUUG